AUGUCUACCAACGAUCCUGGCUUCAACAUCGCCCUCGAAGAAGCCAAAUUCGGCGCUUCAGAAGGCGGCGUCCCCAUCGGAGCAUGUCUCGUAGCAGCAGAUGGAACAAUCCUAGGUCGAGGACAUAACAUGCGAGUUCAAAAGAAUAGCAUGAUUCUACAUGGCGAAACCGCCGCCCUCGAAUCCUGCGGCCGACUUCCCGCUUCCCGCCUCGUCGGCUCAACGAUGUACACUACUCUAUCUCCUUGCGACAUGUGCACAGGCGCGAUGCUGCUGUACAAGAUCCCUCGAGUCGUCAUGGGCGAGAACAAUACCUUCGUUGGCGGAGAGGAGACACUGAAGGCUAAAGGGGUGGAAGUGGUAAAUUUGAAGAGCGCAGAGUGUGAGAAGUUGAUGAAGGAGUUUAUCGAAGCGCAUCCAGAGGAUUGGUACGAGGACAUUGGCGAACAGACGAAAUGA